GAAAUUUGGAAAUUCGGAUUAUUCCCGAAAAAUGUUGCGACUGAAAAACUGACAGGAAUUUAUUGAAUUUGACGUUUCUGGUCACCGGUCAACUUCAAACAUUUUUUUAACUAGUGGCCGCAGGUCAACGUCAAAAUUCACAUUUGUGUCAAAAAUUUAUCGUUCGAUUUUUGUGUCCACGCUUCAUGUAACAAAAUUCGUUGUGAUGAACUCAUUCCUCAGAAAUGUCAAGUCAAUUAAUAUCCCAGCCAUAAAAUAUAUUUCACAGAAGGUCACCCCGUCCCUAUCAACAAUAGAAAACGCAAACCCCAACCCCAACGAUGAAACCGGGCAGUAUCCGCCUCGUUCCCAAUCGCUCCCACCAACUUUUAAACCAAUUAAAGCAACUCGUCAGAAAAGCUUUAAGGACAAAAGUAUCACAAACACCCAACAAAAAUUCCCAAAAUUUUUAAAUCAGCCUACAUUCAAAAUAGCAAAUAAAUUUAAGAAGAAUCAUGGACAAAAAAUCAGAAAACCACAAGAGAAGCCAAAAAGUAAACAAAAUAGCAGAGACGUGAUUUGCCAAUUACCUUGCAUCAACCCUGAAAAUGAUGCUCCAAAAAAGAAAUCAUUAGUGGCCUCUGCUGAGAGAAAACUGCACACUUCGUCAUCAAAUCGACUUCUUCACGGAGCAUCUUCCUUUGGCACAUUCAAAGACCUUUACAAAAAAUCCCCCAUAACAGCUUUGAUAAAUCUCAACGAACAAGCUCAAAUAAACAGUAACGGUACUAAUUUCAACGGACGCAGUACUAGCAAGGGCAAAGUGAAGUUCCAUUACCUUGCAGAAAAUACCGAAUGUAAACAAUGCAUAUCGAAAAAUAAAAAACGCAUUGCGGAAUUUUAUAGAAAAAAUCAGGACAAAAUUAAUCUUUUUUCCCAGAAAAAGCGUUACUUCAGCUCAUUCAUCCACAAACCCACUAAAACCGACUCGAAGAAAUUUGAAGAAGUUGUCGUAGUUAAAGAUCAAAAUUUAGGUUCAGCCAAUCCAAGCAAUGCUCUGACACUUUUCAGCUUGAUUAAACUACAAUCGACUAAAAAUCCAGCUAAAUUUGUUCCAACGAACUUAUACAAAUUCGAAGCUAAAAAGAAAUGUGAAGCUUAUGAUUUUUCACCAGAGGAAUCUUUAACGUUUCACGAUGCCUACCCUUUAGAUAUGUUCCGGGAAGACUAUAAUAACGAUACUGUUUCAGCCCAAUCUCUCGCCCAAUCUAUUCCAAAAAAAGUUGAAACUCUUCCAAAUUUAAACGAAAAACAUUUGGAGAGGGUCGCUCAAAAACACUUAACUGCAAUUAAACCAAGAAAGAAAGAUAUGUUCAAGAAAUUAUAUGAAAUAACUCCUUGUGGUGUGAAUCUUCGUGAUAACGAUCCAAAUAACGUAGCAAGAAAUGAGUAUCAAAGUAAAUUUAAAAAAUUUACGUUCAAAGUUAAUAAAAAUAAGCUGUCGGAGAGCGACAAAGCAAUGAGCAGAGAAGACAAAUGUAAAAUAGAUAAUGAAACAGAAAAAUGCAAAAACAAUCAACCUAGUGGAUUACAAAAUCCUGUUCAAGGUGCACCGAUUACUGUACAACAUAAUGAUAUUGUUGUGGAAUAUUUAGGUUUAAAUUUAGCGAAGAAGAAAAUUGUAGAUGAUGACAAAAACGAUAGAAAACGUUUACCCUGUAAAGUACCAAAAACGAAACGCGACACAUCAAAAGAUCAUCCAUGUUACAAAGAUAAUCCUUGUAGCCAAAAGGAUUCUAAUUACGAUAAAAAUAUAAAAUGUGCCCCAAAAGUUGAUAUUGAUUAUUUUAAAACGAAACCUAUUGGUAAAAUUAUUGAAGAUGAUGGUGGACACAUUAAAGUACGAAAACUUGAAGAAGCUCCUUCUGUUAGGUAUUAUAGGCAGGAUACACAUGAAAACAGUGAGAAAAAAUUUUGGUCAGAUUUAGCCAACAAGAACCGUCAAAAAGUUAUCGAAAAUGAUAAGUUUAUUGAAAUUUCCAAAGCGAGAACCGAGAAAUAUAAAGAAUUGAUGCAGGCAAAACAAAAUCGAGAAGCGAUUGCUAAAGAACCAUCAACAAGUCAUCCAAAGGAUAGUUUAAAUGAAAAAAUCUGCGAAGGUAUUAGCAGCCUUUCAAAAGUUGAACUAGGAGAACAGUCAAAACAAAUCAUUGCUAAUGCAAUUAAACAAAUGAUCGAACCUAUUAUUCAGAAGGAAUUUUUAAGGUACGAAGAAGUCAAGUAUGCUUUGGAACGUAUGGAAAAACGUUUGACUCUCACUCUGAAAUCAUUAAAACCAACGCAGUCCAGAUUUGCUGGAGGUAGCAAAACAGAUCCUAAAUAUAAAAGAUAUCCAUGGCAAAAAAUUAGUAUCGGUGAACAGACCAAAUUACCUGAAAUGGUGGAUCCUUUGGAGAAAGCUUUAGAUAAAAGAGAACCAGGAAGGAAAAUUGCUAUUAGAUCGCCAGCUUGGAGCAGGACGGAGCCUCAACAUGAGCCCCUAAAACAUACGAUAUUUUUUUCAAAUAAAAAUAUUUGUGACGACGAAACCGAACAAGUAAUUAAAAAUAGUAAAAAAGUCGAUUGCUUUGCUGAACUGAGCCAAAAAAAGAAGCAGCUUGCAGUCGAAACAGAUUGUGGUAAUGUGGAUCUUUGCAAGCAAACCGGAGACCUUCAAGGAGGAACUGUAAACUGCCGAAAAAAGAAAGACUGUGAUGACCCAUGCAUUCCAAAAGCAGCACCGUGCACCUGGGCGAAUGAUAUUCCUAUGAAUGUGCCUAACUGUGACAAGAACAAGUGUCCACAAACGCCAAAGUUGAAAUUGUGGCCUCCAUGUUCAAAGAAUGCCGAUACUGCGCAGCCCACAACUGUGUUUGAUGGUUGUGAUGAGAAAAAGUGUCCAAAAGUUAAACCUGUUCAAUGUAUACAAACUCCUUGCCCAAAAUGCAAACCGUCCGUAGAACCUUUCAAACCUUGCGUAAAAAACGUUUCUAGUUGCGAAAAACCUAAACAUCAUAGUUUCGAAGGAAUGAAAGAGAUCAUCAAACCGGAUCCUAAGAAAAAUGAGCCUUGUCCAUGCUGUAGAAAACCUAUUGCUGAAGCCUUUAUCCGACUGACAAAAACAUUUUCGAAACAGGCAAAUGCAAUUCCCAAGGAGCAAAAAGAAACUAAAGAUUGUGAAGUCAAGAACAGAUAUUGCGAUUCCGAAAUUUUGGAUAAAGACAUGCAAGAAACGAAAAGGUUGAAAGAGAUGCAAGAGGAAAUGUUGAAGCAGCAAAAAGCUGCUACGUGUAAUAAGGGAGUGUUAUUCGAAAAAGAAACUAAGAAAGAUUGGCAGGCAGUGCAAAUCGAUGCAAAUAAGAUGAAGGACAAGCAAACCAUCAAACGUGAUAAGUGCAAUACCGGGCCCAAACAAAAUUCUAUUUUAUCAGAACAACUAAAAUUGGCAACAGCUCCAAAUAAGCAAUAUGAAAUGAGGGCUGCCCCUGCAAAAAUAUCACAUGACCAGUCUUUGAUGGAAUCGUGCAGCAAUAAAAUAUCAGAUUUAUGCAUGAUGAUUGUCCGGAAGAAUAAGAGUGGUAAAAACGCACCUCCGAUUGUAGUUACAUUAUCCAAGAGUCAACCUGUGAUUGGAAAGUUUGGAGGUCCUUCAGGUAGAGGAAUGUCUAUUGCUGGCGGAAGUGAUGGCAAUGAUGGUAACGGGAAAAAGCCUGACUCAGAUUUCCUGGAUUUCUCUAACUUGUUUAAGAAAACGGAAAGCAACCCGAAGAAGAAGGGCAUACCUGAUUGGUGUUUAGGAACUAAGAAGUCAAACAUUCACGAAAUAGAGACCGAGAAUUUUUUAGAUAUAGAAGACAAUCAUCCCCAAAUCGAACUUUCUACUGAUCUGAAUAAGAUAGCUAACCGAUUUUUAUGUAAAUCAAAUGAUGGUCAAAGUAGAAGCAAAUCUGAUACCGAAGAGAUUCUAAAACAAUUAAAGGAUUGCCUAAAUCGCUUAAAAGAAAAAGGUAUUGCAGCUGAUGAAGGCCAAGAUAAUAAGGAUAGCUGUCCACGACAAAAGAAAGAUCGAUGUGCUGAAGGAAAAGGAUCAUCGCAGGACCCAAAAGUGGGAAAACUAAAUGAUUGCGUUAAAAAACAAAAAUCCAACCCUGAAAUAGUCGACGACAAGUCGGGCGGUCAUUGCGAGAAAACCAGAGAAAAUCCUUGCCAGAAACGAAAAGAAGAUCCUUGUAAAAAGAGAGACGAUCCAUGCAAGAAAUAUAGAGAAGAUCCUUGCAAAAAGAAAGACGAUCCAUGCAAGAAACCCAGAGAAGAUCCUUGCAAAAAGAAAGACGAUCCAUGCAAGAAACCCAGAGAAGAUCCUUGCAAAAAGAAAGACGAUCCAUGCAAGAAACCCAGAGAAGAUCGUUGCCAGAUACCAAGAGAAGAUCCUUGUAAAAAGAAAGACGAUCCAUGCAAAAAACCCAGUGAGGAUCCUUGUAAAAAAAGGCAAGAUGAUCCUUGUCAGAAACCAAAAGAUAUUUGUAAAAAGAAGGAGGAUGAUCCAUGCAUGAGAGCCAAAGAGGAUCCCUGUAAAGAGAAGAAGUCCGAACCAUGUAUUCCAUGUAAAUAUGAAGAUUAUUCUAAAAAAUCAAAGGCAAAAACCAAAUCUGAACCAUGCAUCCCUUGCAAAUAUGAAGAUUAUUCCAAGAAAGGUAAAUCAGAUUCUUGUAAGGAUGAUUCAAGUAAAACAAAGACGCUUGCCGAUUGUAUGGAUAAAAGACUGUUAGAGGGUAUGUCACUCUAUCAGCCAAAAUCCGCAAAGACCAAUAAAUCUGAUUGUAAAAAGGCAAAAGACGAUCCUUGUAAAGCUAAUCAGGAAAGAAAAAGUGAUCGCUCUGCUGCUCACGAUCCAAAACUAAAGAAAAUUAGUGAUUGCAUUAAACAAAAAUCAAAAGGUUCUAUAGUAGCCGAUCAACAGGAUGAUCACGGUAAAAAGCCCAGCAAAGAUUCUGGCAGAAUAAAUCCAUGUAAAUCUAAUUCGGAAAAAGACAGUUCUGGCACUUCUCAAGAUCCAAAACUAAAGAAAAUUAGUGAUUGCGUUAAACAAAAAUCAAAAGAAUUGAUAAUAGCCGAUCACAAGGAUGGUCACUCUAAAAAACCAAAAACGGAUCCUUGCAAAAAAAAUGACGAUCCAUGUAAGCCAAAGAAAGAAGAUCCGUGCAAGAAAAAUGACGAUCCUUGUAAGCCAAAGAAAGAAGAUCCGUGCAAGAAAAAGGAAGAUCCGUGUAAGUCAAAGAAAGAUGAUCCGUGCAAGAAAAUGGACGAUCCUUGUAAGCCAAAAAAAGCAGAUUGUUGCAAGAAAAAGGAUAAUCCAUGUAAGUCAAAUAGAGAAGAUCCAUGCAAGAAAAAGGACGAUCCUUGUGGGAGAAAAAAAGAAGAUUUCUGCAAGAAAAAGGAUGAUCCAUGUAAGUCAAAGAAAGAAGAUCCAUGCAAGCAAAAGAAAAAGAAUCCUUGCACAUCUGACAAAAAAGAUCUCUGUAAAGCGAAGCAAGACGACCCCUGCGAAAACCAAACUGGAAGAUUCGCCGAUUGUAAAGCUAUGUUUUUAGGAUGUUUAAUAGGUGCGAACCGCUGUGAUGGUGCAAUGAAUAGACCAAUUGAAACGGCAAAAGCAACAACGCAGCAUUUCAAAGAAAAGUAUCCUUGGGUUCUGAUGAAAAAGAACAAAGAGUGUUUGUUGACCAAAGCUUCACAAUGUAUACCCAAAAAUAGCAAUCAAAAAAUUGAUUUUCAUAAAGGCAAAGCCCAGUCAGAUCCUUGUUUCCAGCACAGAAAAGCAAAAGAAGACAUUCCCUGUUUACCUGGAGAUAAAUUACUUAAAAAGUUUGAUACUGCAAUGAAUAAGAAACCAGGCAGCAAACAAGAUCCUUGUCAAACAUUUGCUCCUUUUCCAGCUAAAGAUGUUCCAGUGAUGUUAACCAACCAGAUAAAUUAUUAUCGUUCGGCUUCGUGCAAUCAACUCAAAAAAACCCUUGGCAUCAUCUGCGAUAAAGCAUACAUGAUAGUAGGAGAUUUCAAUCCACUUGCAAGAAGGAUGGCGUUUCAUACUACCUCUAGAGUCAAAAGGUCUAAGUCGGAGGGGUAUGAUGGUAAUACAAAUCAGUAUGUAGCUUCUGGAUCAAAAUCAACUUGUGAUGCUUCAAAAAAUUCUGGAACUAAUGAAAAAUCCACUUGUGACAGUUUAUUUCCUAGCAGAAGUAAAGUGGACUCGACUAUAGGCAUUAAAGACUUUUGCAUGCAAAAAUUAGAAAUGAGUAGAUCAGUGCAACAACCAAAAUAUCAUCAAGAGCUACCGAAAUGGUGCAGACACACAGAAAUUGAAUCCACAAACAGGAAAUCUUCUGAUUCUUUGAAAACCAAUAAUAAGGAUUUAGAGGCACCACAAAAAGCACAAUCUGAUAGUACAAAGCCUUUGACUGAUUGUCAAAAAAAAUGUUCGAAAAAGGAUGAUUCGAAGAUGGCCGCAAUCUGCCAAAUACUUAUAAAUGAAAAUGAAUCGAAAGGGUCCACAGAAAAAAAUAGUGUUCUCAUAGAUUGUCAAAAAAAAACUAAGAAAUCCAUUGCAAAGUCAAUGGAAACAACGGGAGAGUUUUAUGAGAAGCUAUGCAAAUCCAAGGAAGAAGAUCCUGGGAUAAAAUCAAAACAGAGUGUUCAAGUGAUGAAACGGAAGGAUUUUUGUGAAGAUAAAAAAGAGGACCCAUGUCAGCCUAAGAAUGAAAGCUCUUGUACAAAAUCUGAACAAAGUUUGAAACAAAAGAAGGAUAUAUGUGUACCAAAGAAAGAAGAUCUUUGUGCUUCUAGUGGCUCUUCCCAAGAUCCAAUAAAUAGAAAACUGAAUCAAUUCAUUGAAAUAAGAUCAAAACAAGCGAUAAUAAGCGAUCAGAAGGAUAUCAAUAUUAAAAAACCCACACAAGUUCCUUGUGAAAAAUCCGAUCAAUCUGUCGAGUCAACGAAAAAAAUAGGAAAGUUUCGCAAAGCCAAGAAAGAAUAUCCUUGGGUGAAAUCUAAAAAAAGCGCACAAGUUGAUAUUUGUACAGAUAAAAAAGAAGACCCAUGUAAGCGAAAGAAAGAAACUCCUUGUGCAAUAUCUGAACAAAGUGCCGAGAGUAUGAAACAAAAGCAGGAUAUAUGUGUGCUAAAGAAAGAAGAUUCUUCUGCUCCUAGUGGCUCUUCCCAAGAUCCAAGAAAUAGCACACUGAAUAAAUGCAUUGCAACAGUAAGAUCAAAACAAAAAAUGAUAAGCGAUCAGAAGGAUCUUCAUACUGAAAAAUCCAAGCAAGCUCUUUGUAAAAAAUCUGAACAAAGAGAUCAAAGUAUCAAACAAAAAAAGGCUAUAUGCGCACCAAAAAAAGAAGAUUUAUGUGGAAAAUCUAAGCACAAGGUACCACUGACUAGAAAGAAUGAAUGUCAGAGUGGAAACAGUAAGCAAAAUGGGCCUCGAGUAUCACUUGAAACUCUAAAUAAAGAAAUAUCAGUAAAAAUGGAAAAAAGAGCAGCAGAAUAUUGUCAGCCAUGCAAAAGCAAAAAACCAAAAAAGAGGAGAGUUAUAUCCUUAAAGGGCAUUAAAACUCAAAAUAAGAAAAAACCCAUGAAUUGUCAACGAAAGAAAAAGAAGCCUUCGGUUUUUACAGCCAGAGAGACGUUCCUGCCUAAGCCAAAAGUACAAAGUAUUACCUGCACAAAAAAUAUGAAGAGCGACAGAUCAGUUAGUGAUCUAUUAAGCAAUAAAAGUAGUAACUUUAGGGAAGUAGCUCGAAAAUCAACUGAUUGUCAGAAAUCAAGUGCAGCUGCACAAAAAUCACCAGAAGAAUUUUUGAAAGUGAAAUGUGCAACAAAUUCUAAUGAAAUAUCUCAGUGCAGGGAAGUGUCUCAAAAAUCAAGUGCUACUGGACGUAAGUCUGCAGAAGACUUUCUGAAGGUGGAGUUUGCGCCAACCUCUCAUGAUAUGUCUCAGCGCAAGAAAAUAGAACCAAAAUCCACUGCUGAGCAAGGAAGGUUGAGUGUUGUAAACGAAUCAACACAGCUGCGAAAAGGAUUAGAAUGCAUUUCUGAAACCUUACCACUAACAAAAAUUCCUACAGCAGUUGAAACAUGUGCUAGUUCUAACAUCGGUAAUGAAAAACGCUUUCUGGUGGACAAAAAUGAUAAUGAGAGCCUUCAGUUUUUUAAACUUGCUAGAACAUCUAGAGAAAAUGAUAGCACAUAUGUUUCUUCAAAGAAGCAUCUAGAUUAUUUUAAACCAUAUGCAAAUUUAUCUAAGCCGAAAACUGAUUUGCUCUGUGAUCGUACGACUAUUUCAAAUGCAGCUGAAGCUCAAUUUGUAUUAGCUAAAGAAUAUUUGUGUCCACAAUUGCUUCAAGAAGACAAUGACAAGAAAGAAUGUUAUGAAAAUUCUGAAAAAAAAUCUAAAGAUUGUUCUUUGCAAAAGGGAAUUAAAAAUUUGACCGUUGGAUAUGAUAAAAUUGAUCAUGUGAGGGAUACGGGGUUAUUGAGAGAGUCCAUGCUCAGGACUAGGAGAAAAUUGAAUCCAGUGACUACUACUGCAACUGAAAAGGAAGUUGAAGAAUUAUUGUUGCGAAAAAAUACUUUCGUUGCUAAAGUACAGAAAUUGGGUCUUGGUGAAAAGUUAGUGUGCACUUGUGAUAAAGAUGGUAAAUUAGUUGAUGACUAUGAAGACGAAGAUUUUGAUAAAGAUGGAGUUGAAAGAAUUGUAAAAUGUGCAGUUGUUACAGAUAAAUUUGAUAAGUCAAAGCUGGUUUGUGUUGAAAUUUUAUCAGAUGCAGAUCUACAAAAAUUAGAAGAAGAGCAAUUAAAGAAGACAGAGAAAGGCAAACAAGUGAAAAUUCCACUAUUCAAAGUUAUAUCAAAUAAGUUGGUUUGCCAAGAAAAGUCUAUUGGUAAAGGUUUUACAUGUGAAAUGAUGACAGUUGAAGAAAUUAGAGUGCCAUCAAGGAAAAAAACUAAAAAUAUUAAAAAACCUACAAGGAAAGUUUUAUCUUAUAUUGAAUUAAUGAAAAAGUGUAGAGAGAAGGGUCAUAUGGAGUAAUCUUUUGUGAAGAUCCCAAUAAAAAAAUAUCUCAUUAAAUCUUAACAAAUGCCGAAAAGCUGAAAAAAAUUAAAUAAUGGAGAUGAAUUGAAGAGCUUAUAGAGAUUAUAAAGAAUUGCAUUAAAAAAAUACAUGGGAAGUGUUCAUUGUUAAUUUUUUGUUGGUCUAUUUGAUA